UGAAUAAAUGUUUUCAGCGCACGGCUGCAUCGCCAAAAUCAUAUUAUCGCUCCAAUGAAAAGUACUUAACUGUUGUUUGUCCUGAGAAGUGCAUCAAUUCCUUUUUGCUGUCCCCGGUUUUGAAAGAGGGAUAGUAUUGCAGCUGUGCUUUGCUUGUAAUUGUAACUGUUCGUAUUUGCAAUAAUGCAAGCUCUACUGUUACAGAUGUCUGGUAUUCUCUCAUUGUUCCUGCUUUCUUCCUACCUGGUGGAAGAAGCCCUGUGCGCCAACAUUCAAUGGAACGGUAACUGGGCCAUGGGCUGCGACUUCUCCGGGAACGAUCUAUCCCGCGUCCAGGUACCCAGCGAGCAAUGCGGUGGACAGUGUGCCAACAAUCCCCAGUGCACCCAUUUCUCCUGGACCCGCUCGAAGGGGUUCCUGAAACGCGGUGCCAUCAGCAAAUCCAACGCCAUAACAGUCGGGGAUACUUCUGCAGUCUGCGGAGUGAUUCGCGAAACGGCCGGCAGCAGCAACGGCGGUGGUGGCGGUGGUGGCAGUACGCAGACGGGGAAGACGACCCGCUACUGGGACUGCUGCAAACCCAGCUGCUCAUGGAAGGAUAAAGCCGUCGUGAGCAACCCCGUGAAAACCUGCCGCAAGGACGGUAUCGCUGCGUUAACUGAUGUCAACGCCAAGAGUGGUUGUGACGGCGGUGACGCGUACGUCUGUAACGACAACAUCCCGUGGGCGGUCAACGAUAAGCUUGCCUACGGAUUCGCGGCCGCCCAUAUCAAGGGUUCGGAUGAGCGCGGAUGGUGUUGUGCGUGCUACAAGCUGGAUUUCACCAGCGGCCCGGUAUCCGGGAAGUCCAUGAUCGUGCAGGUGGUCAACAGCGGCGGCGAUCUGGGGGAGAAUCACUUUGAUCUGCAGAUCCCGGGCGGCGGUUUCGGGAUCUUUGAUGGGUGUACGCGGCAGUGGGGGCUAGCGGCGAGUGCGUGGGGAGAGCGGUACGGUGGGGUGCGGACGCGGGACCAGUGCAAUGCGCUGCCGCAGCCGAUCCGGGCCGGAUGUUAUUGGCGGUUUGAUUGGUUUAAAGGAGCAGAUAAUCCCAGCAUGAACUUUGCACCGGUACAAUGUCCGGCGGAAUUGCAGCGCAAGAGCAACUGUGCUCGCAAAUAGUAGAACCGUGAAAAAAUUUGCAACAAAGAAUUUCUAUCGCAUUGACGUACCGUACUAUCGAGUUUUGUUAUGACUGUUAAGCAUUUUAUUCGCAUUAAAUGGCUAUACGAACGCAGAAAUUACAACGAUGGGCAGAACAAAUACAAUAUUA